CAGGAUCGAGUGGAGGCCGUGGCUGACAGGCGCUCCUCCCCCGACGGCGGCGGCUGGUGCCCCGGCGGACCGGCGGCCUCCAGCUCGCGGCCGCGAGAGGCGCCAGGGCCGCACCGGGGGAUGGACGAGGGGAAGAUGGACGAGAAUGAAUGGGGGUACCACGGCGAAGGCAACAAGAGCCUGGUGGUGGCCCACGCGCAGCGUUGUGUGGUGCUGCGUUUCCUGAAGUUCCCUCCAAGCAGGAAGAAGACCUCAGAAGAAAUAUUUCAGCACCUACAGAACAUAGUGGACUUCAGCAAAAAUGUCAUGAAAGAGUUUUUGGGGGAGAACUAUGUCCAUUGUGGGGAAGUGGUUCAGCUGCCUCUAGAUUUCGUGAAACAGCUUUGUUUAAAGAUACAGUCCGAAAGGCCAGAAUCUCGCUGUGACAAGGACCUGGACACUUUCAGUGGCUAUGCCCUGUGCCUUCCCAAUUUAGCCAGACUUCAGACCUACCGUUUUGCAGAGCACCGGCCGAUUCUUUGUGUAGAGAUCAAGCCGAAGUGCGGCUUCCUCCCUUGGUCCAGCGGCGUGACGCACGAGGUGAAGCACAGGGUGUGUCGCUACUGUCUGCACCAGCACCUCAAGCUCUCGCGCCAUUUUGUAUUCCCACCAGCGACGUAUGAGGGUCUAAUCCAGCCACACCCUCGCCGGCACUUGCUGUCGUCCCUCUUUGUGAUUAUGACCCUCGGGGGCAUGAAGCGGCAGCUCACUGUGGGUUUCAUCUGCGUGUCCCUGACGGUUCGUGAUGGUGCGGGUCUUGUCACGGGCUCGUCGGCCAUUUGCAUGUUUUCUUUUGAGCUAUAUUGGUUCAAGUCCUUUGCCCAUUUUUGA